GGAUCCGCCAGAAGUGCCAGUCAGCCAGGAUCUGCCAGAUCCGCGAGUCAGCCAGGAUCUGCCAGUCAGCCAGGAUCUGCCGGAACCACCAGCCAGCCAGGAUCUGGUAGAUCCAUCAACCUGCCCGAGCUUCCUCUCACUCCCGAGCUUCCUCUCACUCCCGAGCUUCCCCUCGGUCCCGAGCUUCCCCUCGGUCCCGAGCUUCCCCUCGGUCCCGAGCUUCCCCUCGGCCCCGAGCUUCCCCUGGGUCCCGAGCUACCUCAGUCCAGUGGGGCCCAUUGUUAGGUUUCCUAGGCCAAGGUUAGCGGCGAGGGUCGCCACUCAAGGGACACUAAGGAGGUGGACUAAGACAAUUAUGGAGUGGGGUCCACGUCCAGCGCCAGAGCCGCCACCGCGGAGAGAUGCCCACCCAGACCCUCCCCUAUAGGUUUAGGUUGUGCGUUCGGAGUCCGCACCUUGGGGGGGGGGGGGUUCUGUCACGUUCUGUCCAUCGUUCGUAUGUGUUUUCCUUGUUUUAGUGUUGGUCAGGACGUGAGCUGGGUGGGCAUUCUAUGUUGUGUGUCUGGUUUGUCUAUUUCUAUGUUUGGCCUGAUAUGUUUCUCAAUCAGAGGCAGGUGUUAGUCAUUGUCUCUGAUUGGGAACCAUAUUUAGGUAGCCUGUUUUGUGUUUGGUUUUGUGGGUGAUUGUUCCUGUGUCUGUGUUUUGCACCAGAUAGGGCUGUUUUUGGUUUUCCACGUUCAUUGUUUUGUAGUGUUCAUGUUUAUCCGUUUUUUAUAAACAUGAGUCAAUAUAACCACGCUGCGUUUUGGUCCUCCUCUACUUCACCACAGGAAAACCCUGACAGGGAGUGAUUGCUUCCUACAAGAGCACAAUACGUGGGCAUUUCCAGACAUAUUUGAAAAGCGAGUCAGUUCUUCUGGCUCUACCCUGCUACAGCGCACCUGGGCAAGUCAAUCCUUUUGGAGUUCCAGUCUCUGCCCAUGCUGGGAAGUUCUACGACACGUCUCCCAGAGAUCACGUCUGCGGUGGGCUGAAUUAUGACGUUCUAGAUUACACUUGCUGUGAAAGAGUACUGCAUAAAGAGGCGCUGCUGUCUUGCUGUGGAAACAGGGUCUUUAACCUCACCCAGGCUUCCUGUUGUGAAGGUCAGCUGACUCUUAAUGUGAGCCAGCUGGUGUCAGAUUGCUGUGGGUGUCAGGCCUAUGACCCACUCAACCAGCUGUGCUGUGACUCUCAGAUCCUAACCAGGACCCAACCCCAUUCCAAGUGUUGCGGAAAAGAGCUUUACAAUGAAGACGACCAGCUUUGCUGUGGAAAUGUCGUUAAAGGAAGGAAGGUCCUGACCAAAAUGUCCGUUCACCACCUGUGCUGUGGAGACCACCAGUUUGACCAGCGAAGCCACUGCUGCUGCUUCGAUUCUGAACCACUCUCUCCAGAGCCUCUCAAUGCAAGCUGCUGUGCAUCAUCAGGGUCUGAUUACUGUGGUACAACUCUGUAUGGUGUAGAGGACCGAGGGGUGCUGUGCUGUAACCAGACCUUGCACUGUGAGAUGGAGGAUGGGUACCAGUGCUCCCCAGGUGGUCACUUGUAUCUGCCAUCCCGUGACAUGGUGUGUGGCUCACGAGUUCAUCUGAAAGAUCCAGGCAAACACUGCUGUGGGGAGGAGACAUACUACCCUCGGAAUGAAAUCUGCUGCAACGGACACAAACACAGCAGGUGGGGGAAUAAGUCCUGCUGCGGAGGGAAGGCUUAUGACCCCAGCUGUGACCAGAUGAAGUGCUGUGCAGGGACUCUGUACGACCUGCAGUUUCAGGACAGACUCUCAGAGGACGCCCAGUGCUGUGGGAGUGUCCUGAUGGAGGCCGGCUCCACCCAGACCUGCUGCUCUGCCCCAGGGCUAGACCUGCUCUAUCCUACCCAGCCAGGGUUCACCUGCUGUGGGCACCGCUACCCCAACUCAUCCCUGUGGUCAUGCUGCGCUGGGGUCCUGCACCCAAGGCCUGAACCACACACCACCAGCAAGAACAUGAUUCCAGGACCCAGACUUCUACCACUGGGGGAUCUGAAGACUGAAGUCCUGUGUCACAGCAGAGUUCUGGUAGGGACAGUGGAGAGUGUGUCUGUGAAGAUGAAUGAGCGGUCCAUCGUGAUGGUGAAUGCCAUGUACAUGCUGGCAUCGCGUGGCCAUGUCAGCGCCGUGCCUUCCCCUCACUACGUCACAUUACCCGACCACUGCAGCUCCCCUGAACUGGUGCCGGGCAACACUUACAUCUGGGUGAAAAAUCCUUUCUCCGACACCAUAAGAUUCAUCUCUGAUCAUUCCUCCCCUCUCCAUUCCAUUCUCUCCAGGUGCUCAAAAUGAUACUGUUAACCAUGUUUUGAGACAAUACAGUGUUUUGUUCACAAUUACAUUGUUUACAAAAGAUGUCUUUAAAACAUAACCCGUCUAUUUUGGGUUCUGAUGGGGUAGGACAGAUGAACUAAGCUCAUGAGGCGUACGUUAUAUUCUUCGAGAGUCAAUUUGUAUAUAAUUCAUUUAAAACUCAUACAAAAAUGUAUGUGGAUGAUGACCCAUUUAAGAUGUCAGUAUAUCUUUAAGCAAUUUUUAUUUGCUUACAAAAAAAAACAACCAUGUUUAUGAGAUCUGAUGAGUCAUAUCUCAGGAUAAGUCAUAUUUUAUUAUGUUUGUCUGGGUAGUGGUUUUCUGUUAUAUUAUCGCAAACGUUCCUUUAAUGUUAAUGCAAUAUUUUCUUAAUAAUGUCUAUUUCAUACUGAAGCUAUUUACUCACUGAAACUCUUAGUUCAAUGUGACACUAACAUCAUUGGCGUGAAUCGGUCUGUGAAGUGAUUGCACCACAUUGUGAAACGGAAGGAAAUAAGCCUCUUUUCUAACCAAGCAAUUGUGUGUAGGUGUGUGACUUCACCAUGACCUCGUGACCUUUUCCACAUUGUGUUACGUUACAGCCUUAUU